AUGGCAAAACGCGACCAGCAGGCAUCACCUUCUGGCACGUCUCUGAAACUGACCUUUGUCUUCUGGUACCAUACCAAUAACCUCGGCUACAGGUGUUUGACGUUGGAAAAGGCGAUAUACGACACCCUAAUAUACGUCUCGCACCGAUCCACCCCGAGGCAGCACUGGCCCAAGGCCCUUUGGCCGCCGCCCACGUACUCGAGCAGCAAGCCCCUGCAGUUCAAUAAUUCCAUCGUCUGCUGCGGGAGCCAGGAGAUGGGGGUGACAACUUCGCCGACGUCAGUUGUCCGGUGGUCUGGCCGCGGAUACCACGCCCUCGGCGAUUCGGAGGCUCCGGAACUUGGGGGCCAACAAGACCUCUCCGACUUUCAGCUGUAUACCGUCUACAAAUCCCUGCGCAGCUGUGACUUCACGUCUCACUCACCACCAUCGGCCCGAGUUCACCAUUCGUCAUGGCCCGUGACCAUCCAGGACCGUUUCGCCGGCAGCACCGGCCGGCUUUCUCACACGGGAACUCUCCCCUAUUUCGUCAUGCAGGGACUGGCAAACCGGAACCUCAGCUACUCGGAGGGCAUCUCUGCCGGCUACGCCUUCCAGUCCGUCCGCCACGACCUCCCGGACACGGCUCAGACCUCCGUCACGGUUGACGGCUUCGGGAACUCGCUCGACUUGCGAGCCGGCCGAGUUGGUCCUGAGGGGAUCGUCUUCGCCAGACCCUCAUUACCCGCAUCAGUUGCACGCUUCGCCGACACGCGCUGCGACGGGACAAAGGACGACUCAGGCCGGCGUAUCCUCGUCAUGUUCGGCAACUUGACCUAUACCGUUGACUCUUCCGUCACCCUCAAAGACUACACCGGCAUGGGGACCAGGCACCCCAUGGUCGGGAAGCUAGUCUGGUCCACCCAGAUGUUGUGUGUCCCAACAUACGGUAUCACCAGAGUCGACGUGGUCAGGAACGGCACCCAGACACUCAAUGUCACUACAUCAGCAGGGGCGCCCCGCAGGACUCUCUCUUCUGUCACCGCCCGGAAUCUCAUGGACGCACACUAUACCUCAUCCUACGACGGUUCCUUGGACCCGGCCAGCAUCUACGGCAAGAACGUCAAGGUCGGCCAUGAUUUGGUCGACGUGAACGAGCAAAUGGGGCUUGCGUUGCCCCUGCUGCUCCCGCCCGACCGAUCCCCCUCGGCGCUGCUGGACCGCACCACCCUCCAGAAGCUUGUCACUGCCUGUUGCCGGCAGGUUGGCGCCGUCAUCGCCAAGCAGAGCCUGAUGGAGCCCGCAUCCAUUCCAUCCCAGGCAGCCGUCAUCAUGGUUAGGAACAGGUUUGUGGUCCGAGGCUGGGCCGCGCGCUGGAUGGCUGGUCUGGCGGCCACCUGCGCCGCCCUCAAGCAGAGCGUCAGCCCAGAGACGUACGCGACGCUCGACUUCAUGGACAUGUCGGUGCGCUUGCAACCAACCACGGCGUUCCUGGUUGCGUCCGUCUUCACCAUAUUUUCGUCAUCCCUGUUUCAGGCUCUCGCGGUCACCGAGACGGUCUCGAUCGAGCUGCGCGCCACCCGGUCGAUUGACAUGGACCAAUACAUGGUCCAGGAUGGCAACGCGAUCGCGUCUCUCAUUUUUGCGAGCAACUACUCAUUUCCCAGCUUCAACUACGACGACCUCGCCUUUCCGCGGCUCGCGCUGACCCACGCCUUGCCGACUGACGGGGCCCUGAACGACUCAACCGUCUCCAUCCAAGCCGUCGUCCCCGCGGUACGCGCGAGGUUCAGCUGCCGAACCUACGACUCGUCCCAGAUCACGACUAACCUGACCCUCAACUACACGUCCCAGAUGUCCGGCUAUCACAAUCCGCUAGGCAUCAACAUCCGAGGCGAGGACUGCCGUCGCCUCUCGGACGAGGAAGAGUACGCGUAUACUAACAUCCUGCCCACCUACGCCAACAUGACUUACUUCGGCUUGGGCGACGCCUCUAGCCGCGUCUCCCAGCUCCAAGGCUGCAGCCAGCUCCUGUACACCUGGGGCAAGCUCGACUACCACGCCGCUGGCGCCGUGGUCCAGCACGUCACCGCCGUCGGCUGCAACGAGACGGUCUCGAGACUGGCCAUGCAUGCCAUCAGCCCCUACUGGAACCUGGCUCAUCCGGGCUCCGACCCGCACUACCUGAUCGCCUUCUUCGCCAUGCUGCACCAACUCCCCCUGGGCCGUCCCGCUGUCCUCGCUGGGCGACUCCUCCUCCUCCGCCGCCGCGGCGGACGCCAUUCUGGCGGCGAUCCGCCAACACCACGGCAUCAUCCGCGCCCGGACCUCUGCCCAGCACCUCGCCCCGUCCAACACGACCCAACACAACUAUCCCGCAGCCCGAGGGUUACGUUGCCCCAUCAGAGGAAGGCUCAUUCAAAGCGGCGGUGGCGGCGACGAGCCAGAGAUAAUACACCCGCCAUCAAGACACCAAUGACGGACGGCGUGCCCGUCUACCGCGGCACGGCCUCGACCCCACCCGACGGAGGCGGCCGGCGGGCGUCAACAGGAUUGGCAUCUUUUGUCGUGAAGGGUGGUAGGGACCAAAAGGAGGGUGUUUCCGACCAGGGGAUGAUCCGAGGAAAUUGGUAG